AUGAUUCAAAGUGACAGUUCUGUGCCCGGCAUGAACCGGACCCGGCCUCUGGGGGGGUGGAGGAAUCCCUGCUUGCCCUUUAACAGAGGCGGGUGUGAGGGGGGGAGUUGUCCGCUCAGUACGUGCGGCAGCUCCGCUUCUGCAGUCGCCUCCUUCACGCCCGACACUGCGGACCACACGGGGGUUGACCAUCGGGGCUCAAACAUGGUGAAAAUUACCACCGUACAGACCAAGCCGUACGCGGACCAGAAGCCCGGCACGAGCGGCCUGAGGAAGCGGGUGACCGUGUUCCAGCAGAACCCGCACUACGCGGAGAACUUCAUCCAGAGCAUUGUCUCCGUCAUCGACCCCGCCGAGCGCCAGGCGGCCACCGUGGUGGUGGGAGGGGAUGGGAGGUUUUUCAUGAAAGACGCCAUUCAGUUGAUCGUCCAGAUUGCAGCUGCCAACGGGAUUAAUAAUUUGGUAAUUGGUCACAAUGGCAUUAUGUCCACCCCAGCAGUCUCCUGUGUGAUCCGCAAGAUAAAGGCAGUAGGUGGUAUCAUCCUCACUGCCAGCCACAACCCAGGGGGCCCCAAUGGAGACUUUGGCAUUAAGUACAACAUUGCCAGUGGAGGUCCAGCUCCUGAGGGCAUCACAAACAAAAUAUUCGAGAUCAGCAAAAGCCUGCAGGAGUAUCACAUCUGCCCAGAUCUCAAAGUGGAUCUGUCCAAGAUUGGAAAGCAGACCUUUGAAGUGGACACCUUCAAGCCUUUCACAGUUGAGAUCGUGGACUCGGUUGAUGCCUAUGCUGAGAUGCUAAGAGGCAUCUUUGACUUUGCUGCACUGAAAGAUCUUCUCUCUGGAGCCAGUCACAUUAACGUCCGACUGGACGCUAUGCAUGGAGUGGUUGGGCCUUAUGUCAAGAAGAUAGUGUGUGAAGAGCUGGGCUCUCCAGCCGAUUCGGCAGUCAACUGCAUACCCAAGGAAGACUUUGGCGGCCACCACCCUGACCCUAACCUGACCUAUGCUGCUGACCUGGUCAACGCCAUGAAAGGGGGAGAGUAUGAUUUUGGAGCUGCCUUCGAUGGUGAUGGUGACCGCAACAUGGUGCUGGGUAAGAACGGUUUCUUUGUAAAUCCCUCCGAUUCCGUGGCUGUCAUCGCUGCCAACAUCACCAGCAUCCCGUACUUUAAGAAGACUGGGGUCAAAGGCCUGGCCCGCAGCAUGCCCACCAGUGGAGCCCUGGACAAUGUGGCUAAAGCUCAACAGAUGCAGCUGUAUGAGACUCCAACUGGCUGGAAAUUCUUUGGGAAUCUGAUGGAUGCUGGUAAACUCUCGCUGUGUGGAGAGGAGAGCUUUGGCACAGGCUCAGAUCAUAUCCGUGAGAAGGAUGGCUUGUGGGCUGUGCUGGCAUGGCUGUCAAUCUUAGCCACCAGGAAACAGAGCGUGGAAGAGAUCAUGAAGGAUCACUGGCAGAAGUUUGGCAGGAACUUUUUCACAAGGUACGACUAUGAGGAGGUCGACUCAGAUGCUGCCAACAAGAUGAUCAAGGAUCUGGAGACACAAAUGUUCGAGCCCUCUUUUAUAGGGAAGAAGUUCUCAUCGGGAGACAAAACGUAUGAGGUGGCAAUUUCUGACAAUUUUGCCUACACGGACCCAGUAGAUGGCAGUGUGUCUAAAAACCAGGGCCUACGGAUCAUCUUCUCUGAUGGUUCAAGGAUCAUUUUCCGUCUCAGCGGUACAGGCAGUGCAGGGGCAACCAUCAGGCUCUACAUAGACAGCUAUGAGAAGGAUCCCCAGAAGAUAUAUCAGGAUCCACAGGUGAUGCUGGCUCCCCUGGUAGACAUUGCCCUCAAGAUCUCUCAGCUCCAUGAGAGGACCGGCCGUAGUGGCCCAACUGUGAUCACAUGAUUCCUCUGCCACCCUGCCUACUCUCGUGAGCAACAAAAUACCUCCACCGUCUUUGGGAAGAAGCUCCUCCUGUAUGCUGUCCUCUGUGGUAUACAACCCUCCGUAGAAUAGAAUUGGAAUAAAAAAGGGAAACUCAAAAUGCAGAUUCAAGAAAAGCAAAUACACAUGGAACACUUGAUUUUGCUGAAAUAUAUUCACUGCCUUACAUUAAAAACACCAUUGCACAUGUUCACAUAGGGCAAGUUUUAGGAGUGCUUUAAAAAAUGCAGAAAAGUAGACUUGAGUGUGCUUCAUGUUUUGUUUUAAAGUAAAACUGUUAUCUGUCACAGUUACAAAUCAUAUGGUGCAGAGACUGCUAAACUGAGCAUUAAUCUGUUAUGUUGAGCUACUUCAGCCCAAUCUCUCCAACUUUGUCCCACUAUGACCUGGUGCCUUCACCUUCUGUGUUCUUCCAAACCACUGGGACAGCCUCCCAACAUCAACCACAGCUAUUAUCUGGUGAACCAACUCACUUAUCAUGAAUAAAAGAGCCUUACAUCUAAGAACUGUUGCUAUGGUCUUCCUUUUUGAUAUUCUUUUCAUUGUUAUCACUUUCUUUAAAAGAAACCAACUGAUUUUUGAACAAGCAAUAAUUGCUUGAGUUGACCAGAAAGAAGAAAUCUGAACAUUUGCGACAGAAAGUGGAAACUCGUCAUUUUCUGUGAGGUGAUAGCUUUUGUACAGUCAGUAAAAUACUUAAAACGGUGAUAUUGUUAUGCCGUGAGUGAGCCCAGCAAGGAGAACUUUGAAAAAGAUUGUCUGUCUAAAGACAUUCCUGAGGUAAAUGAAGAGGCAUAUACUGAUUCAUUCUCUUCCUCCCUAAAUCUUGCGUAAUGUAAUAGUCACUGUAAAUCUGAUGAAUUAUUACCAUUUCGAAGUGUCAGGAGGACAGAGCACAAAAACUCUACAGAUAUUCAGAUGGGCUGAUGUUGAACUCAGACUUUUGAAAGUAAAUUGGGUAAAAUGUAGUUUGUUAUUAGCUUGCACUUAACACAACUACACACUACCUGUUAGUACAAAAACAUAACAAAAUAGCUCUUUAUUUCUGAUCUGGAACUAACUUAUAAUUCAUGCUGGAUUCUCUUUCAGAUAAAGAACAUGAUGUAUGAUGACUGACUGUUACAACCUGCUAUUACUGCAAAAUGUACAUUUCCUGUAAUUUUACUUCCACAGCAUUUAGACACAUAUUUCACAUGACAUUGUUGACCAUUACAAGCCAGAUCUGAUUAAAAAUUUAAUCGUUUAUCUUUGUUUGACUUGCAAUUUCAGAAAUGGUUUUUAAGCCCAAUUGCUUGUCUUCAAAGGUAGAGGACCGGGCAUUUGGGCUCUAUAACUAUCCUAAACAGUUCCUCUUUAUUCCUUAAGGAGCCUGAACAGGAUGGAAACUUUUUCAGCCUGCAUUGUUCGAGGCCUGUCAAGCUGACAUUGUGCAAUGCAUAAAGUUUGGCUCAUAAUGGCUCACAGACUGUAUUUGGAUUGGCUGUCAUUAUAUCAGGUAAUCACAGAGAGGCUUACAUUAAACUGGCCUGGUCUCUGGUUAUUAGAUGUCCAAAUGGCUUUUUCUAGUGCUGGCAUGGAUCCGUGUGUUUUUAAGAGUGGUCUCUUCAGGUCUUUCCUGUUAAAGAGGGCAAUACAGGGGACAAAGACAUAAUUAUCCAAGUUCUCAAAUAAAGUCAAGGGGACAUAUGAGGUUUCA